AUGCAGGUCAAAAAGAUACCCGAUGUUGAAGCCAUUCGCGGGGGCGAGGUCCAUAAAGGUGACCUGCAUCUAUCGGAGCACCACAUAGUAUUUGUGAUGCCAAAUGUCCCUCCCUCGGAUGCCAAGUUACCACCAAACGCCCCAAAGAACCGAGAACUCUACAUCGCAUAUCCUAUCCUCAACUACUGCAACUUUCGACCUUCGCCCCCGACGUCUGGAAGGCCCUCUACCAUACGUAUACGAGGUCGCGACUUCACAUUUAUGAGCAUCCACUUCAAGGAUGAUACAAGCGCACGCGAAGCUUUCGAGUUUAUUCGGAACCGCACAUGUCGCCUGGGGUCAAUAGAGAAGCUGUACGCCUUCAGCUAUCAGCCGCUCAAGCAGGAGAAGCCAUUCAAUGGCUGGGAGCUGUACGAUCCCAAGGCAGAGUUCAGGAGGCAAGGCAUCAGCAGCAAGUCCCAAGACAGAGGCUGGAGAAUAUCCACCAUCAACAAGGACUACGCCUUCUCUCCGACAUACCCGGGGUUGCUGGUAGUGCCCUCGUCCAUCUCCGACAACGUCAUCAAACACGCUGGUCCAUACCGCUCGCGACAGCGCAUUCCCGUCCUGACAUAUUUGCACUCUCUCAACAACUGUUCUAUCACGAGAAGCUCACAACCAUGCGUUGGUCUAAGGGGAAACCGCAGCCCACAAGACGAGAGAAUCGUGAGCGCAAGCUUCUCUGCUUCAGCCACUGUCGAGUUUAACGGCCUUGACGUUCCAGCCCCGGAAACCACGGAGCCCAGUCCAGCCUCCAGCCAAGUCGACAUACGAGAAUCUAGUCUAGAUGCCGUGACUUUUGCGACGGCACAACUCGAAGAUGAUCUCAUUGCAGCUGGUGAUCCGAACUACGACGCAAAGACCGGCAAGCGAGUCAUAUUUGGCGCACAGCAAAGCAAUCUUAUUGUCGACGCCCGCCCGACGAUCAAUGCUGUAGUCAUGCAAGCCAUGGGCAAGGGGUCGGAGAAUAUGGACUACUACAACUUCGCCAAAAAGGCCUACCUCAAUAUUGACAAUAUCCACGUCAUGCGCGAGUCUCUCAACACAGUAAUAGAAGCGAUCAAGGAUGGCGAUAUUAGUCGUUUGCCACCAAACCGAGAUCUUCUCCAGAAGAGUGCCUGGCUCAAGCAUAUUACUGGUGUGUUGGAUGGCUCAGCCUUGAUUGCUCGGCAGGUUGGUAUACGGCACUCUCACGUUCUGAUACACUGCUCGGAUGGUUGGGACCGAACUAGUCAACUGUCUGCGCUGUCCCAGAUCAUGCUUGAUCCUUUCUACCGCACGAUAGAUGGUUUCAUCAUUCUUGCCGAGAAGGACUGGAUGUCAUUCGGGCAUAUGUUCGGUACACGCGGUGGCCUCUUGAACCACGAAAAAUGGUUCACAGUAGAGAAGGACGCAAUGGCGGGAAGCACCCUCCAACCCGGCGAGUCGGAUGGCCGAGCAGGCGAGGCGCUGGAGAAGGCCUUCGCCAGUGCAACCCGUUUCUUCAACAAGAAAAAUGCACACAAAGACGACAACGCAGACUCCGAUGACCUUUCAUCACCACCAGAUGACCCUUCGCAAAUAAAGCGUGGCGAAGGCGAGGCAACCCGGCCUAACGAGAUAUCACCUGUCUUUCACCAGUAUCUGGAUGCCACCUAUCAGCUUCUACGGCAGCACCCCACUCGUUUUGAAUUCAACGAGCGCUUCCUCCGCCGGUUACUUUACCACCUUUAUUCUGCACAGUACGGAACAUUCUUGUGGAAUUCCGAGAAGGCCCGGAAGGAUGCGCAUGCGGCCGAACGCACGCGAAGCGUUUGGGACUAUUUUCUUUCUCGCAAGCAGGAGUUUACGAAUCCUGAGUACGACCCUACGAUCGAUGACCGCCAAUCCGGUCGCGAGCGUCUAAUCUUCCCAAACCUGGGCGAGAUCCGCUGGUGGGCGGGCGUCUUUGGCCGCACAGACGCAGAGAUGAACGAGUACCUCGACGCUGCCGCUGCACGUGGCGAUCGUGUCCACAACUACAGCGCAAACGUUUCGACGAGCCCGGCACCUAGCAGUAGGAGUAGGAGCCCACUGCCAGCGCAGUCAUCGACACCCGCGCUCAAGGCAUCAACAAGCGUCUUGAUGGGUGUUGAAACGGCACAUGAAGCUCUUACGCCGGACACUACAAGAAACUCUCACGCCGCCUUAAAGAAGAGUGCCAGUGCCGAUACCCCUGGGGCUUUUGCUUCCAACUUCGCAAAGCUCAGGGAUGGUGUUGUCGGCCUGGAAAUAGGCAAGGGAAUUUUUGGCGGUGGCGGCGGCGGCGGCCCUGCUGCUUCCACGACGAAUGCCGGAUUAGAGAGAAGGGAGGAGGGACGGAGCCAAAUAGGCAGCGGAGCAUCUAACGAACUGAUUGAUGCACAAACAUAG